AUGAAUCCUGGCGACACUGUCACAUCCUCCUUGACCGAGGAGCAAGUUCAUAAUCCUCGCUGUGUUGGCAACUACUUCGGCGAAGCCCCGUAUAUGGUGGCCGUCGCAACACGCUUGCGCCAAGCAUGGCUUCUCCGGGAUAACUGGAUCGAGGGCGAACCCUUGACGAGGGGUCCUGCCCGCAACAAGUGGUUCGAGAGGUUGGCCUACUGCAUCCAAGAGUCAUCGGAGGAGGAGAUUGCCGCGAUGCGCAACCCCGAUAGGGAGAAUAUAUCAUCCCCGCUGAGGGAGGGUCUGUACUUUUUAUGGAAUCAUGUCUUCGUCGAUGCAUCGAAAGCCUUUACCGCUACAAUUGGUGCCGGGAAGUUUCUCGGACCAUCUUAUGAGACGCUGGAGUUUCGUUUCCCUGGGGCAGAUAGUGAAGGGGAACUGGUCAAGGUGAACUCGUUUUCGUACGACACUGACAUUAUGCUCGUGCCUGCCUUCCUGGAGCCUGGGAUCGAGCUCUGCGGCAGGAUUGGGGAUGAGGCAAAACAGUCAAUGAAGCUAAGCGAGGCCUCUGACGAUAAUGAAACCCCCAAAUUCUCAUUCAACGCCACCAACUCUGACUGGGUAUACCUUGGGAAGAUGGUUUAUUGGGUCAAGGGAAAAGAAAAAGUGAACAUUUAUCUCCCCAAGCUUGCGGAUAUGGCUGGAAAGCUUGCAUGCGUACUUGUGUGUGGAAAGUACCCUGAGUGA